AUGUCUUCAACAUUAGAAACCAUUAACCUGCCCCAUCUCCCUUCUUCUCUGCCUGUGCAUGUAGCUCUCUACCGAGACAUUCAGAAUGCCCCAUUUCUUCGACAGCAGCUCAUCUCCGGGAACUCGGACUUCGAAUAUGCGUUCAUUGAUGCAAGCAUGGUUCUCUCGAAAGCGCACGUUUCGUCCGCAAUUUUCAGGGCAGUAAAUGACUAUCUCAAUGAGCGUCUCAAGUCUCGUAAUGUCCACUCGGAGAUUGUGUUCUCUUUUAGUCCCACGAACAAUAUUGCCGACUCCUUCCGGAAAUUCGGUAUCAGCGACUCAACGAAAGAUUUGUUGGUGGUAAAGGUGUCUAUAACACCGGAAAUUACCCAUGAUUCAGUAGCGACACAUCUGGCACAAUCCGUCGAAGGCUCCCCUGUGCCCUUCAAUGACGAGACUCUGUCCGAGAUCGCAGAUGUUGCAAAAAUCAAGAAGGCCUACAAAUUGGGAGCCCUGCCUUCUGCCCCUGCGGGUCAAGUGAACGGUGCUGGAAACAGUGAUAGCAUGCGACUCGAAAAUUCCAUUAUCGGUGCGAUUGCCCUGCGAGGGGCGACUUGA